GACACUUCACAACACAGCUGUCAAUGACCAGUCACAGUGCGUCAAACGUCGAACAGUUUUUUUCCAACAUUCUAUUUAUCAGGACGGAAAACACGAAUACCAACAAAGUCCCAAUGAUUUCGUUAAAAUAGUACUCGCUCCUUUUACCUCUCCACCAUCAAAUUGUCUAGAAUUCGUUAGUUUUCAUCUGAUUACAAAAUCCCCGGGAGUGAAGUUGCAACCAGAGAUAAUCCAGAGGAACAACAAUAGCUUGACAAAUUUAAUUUUCCCAAACAACUUUCUCGCAUUGUUUCGCCGACAUCAGCAGAAAUGGGUACGAGUCCGGACAAAAUUUUCUGUUGGCUUAUCUUUCUGCUCGUCAACUACUUUCAAUUGACAACAUGCGACUCGUUGCCGACACAGAACAUGUCCAAGCGGGAGAAGGAGGAGCUGAAAGAGGAGGCGCGAGAGAUGUUCUACCACGCGUACAAUGCCUACAUGCAGAACGCUUACCCUGCGGACGAGUUGAUGCCGCUGUCGUGCAAGGGUCGAUUCAAAGGAGUAACACCGUCUCGUGGAGACUUGGACGAUGUCCUGGGAAACUUCUCCAUGACCCUAGUCGACACACUUGACACCCUGGUCAUCAUGGGCGACCUGGAGGAAUUCGAAAAAGGGGUCAAGCUAGUCAUAAAGGACGUCUCGUUCGACAACGAUGUGAUUGUCUCGGUUUUCGAGACAAACAUUCGAAUGGUUGGCGGAUUGCUCUCCGCACAUAUUCUCGCGGAGUUUCUUCAGAAACAUCUUAAUAUAAUGUCAUGGUAUCGCGGCGAACUUCUAGAAAUGGCCAAGGACCUCGGCUACAGACUUCUACCUGCUUUCAACACCACGACGGGUAUUCCACAUGCUCGGGUCAACCUCAAAUUCGGCAUGAAGGACGAUCAACUCAGACGAUCACGUGAAACGUGUACAGCCUGCGCGGGUACAAUUCUUCUUGAAUUCGCAGCUUUGUCUCGUCUGAGUGGCGAACCGAUAUUCGAGCAUCGAGCGCACGCUGCUAUGGACGCGCUGUGGAAUUUGCGACACAGAGGCUCAGACUUAAUGGGAACUGUCCUGAAUAUUCAUUCAGGCGACUGGGUAAGACGCGACUCGGGCGUCGGAGCUGGGAUCGAUUCCUACUACGAAUAUUUGUUCAAAUCCUACGUCCUCCUAGGAGAUAAUCGGUAUCUCGCGCGAUUCAAUCGACAUUACAACGCCGUUAUGAAGUAUGUGAGCGAAGGCCCUUUGUUGCUUGAUGUGCUGAUGCACAGACCUCAUGCUAAAUCACGGAACUUCAUGGAUUCGCUGUUGGCGUUUUGGCCGGGGCUGCAGGUUCUGUCGGGAGAUUUGAAACCAGCCGUUCAGACGCACGAAAUGCUUUACCAGGUGAUGCAGAUGCACACGUUCAUUCCAGAGGCGUUUACUAGUGACUUCCAAAUACAUUGGGGGCAACAUCAUUUGAGGCCGGAAUUCAUCGAGUCAACGUACUUUUUGUACAAAGCAACAAACGACCACUAUUACCUGCAGGUUGGCAAAAAAGCACUUAAAGCACUUCAGACACAUGCAAAAGUUCCAUGCGGAUUUGCAGCGGUAAACGACGUUCGAACCGGUCGUUUAGACGACCGAAUGGAUUCUUAUGUUCUAUCAGAAACAUUCAAGUACCUGUAUCUCCUAUUUUCGGAACCUUCGGAUAUAAUCAUAAAUUUGGAUGAAUUUAUAUUCACGACAGAGGCCCAUCUUUUGCCACUGUCACUUGGUCAACUUGGAAAUAUCACUCAUGAUUGGCGCCAUAACGACGAGCAUCACGCUUUAGAUUUCAUGCGAACCUGUCCAAGCUCCAACAGCUUAUUCCCUGAAAAGGUUCGACGACCGAUGCGUGAUUUAAUUUCUGGAUCUUGUCCACGAACACCAACUGGGAAAAGAUUGCGCGCUUAUGAUUUUCAAGCAAACAAUGCAGAACAUUUGCGUUCAGUCUAUGACAUGGGGAUUACAAUGGUAUCAAUGGGCGACGGGAAAGUUCGCCUGCUUCAUAGCUUUUAUAAUGCUAAAUCACCUGAGGAUGGGGAAUUAGGACUUUUAUUUAUGCAGGAAAUGCUGGAACUCACCAAAUCGCAAAACAUGAAUCAUCUGACGCAACUUCAGGCCGUCUACUUCAAAAACGACGACCAAACUUUAACUGUCCUAAUGGCUGGCCCCAGCCACUUCAGUCCCGAACUAGUCGGCGACAAUUAUGUGGAGAGCGAAACAAUUCGCGCUGUACCAUAUCGUAUGUGUUCUAAAAUAGAAAAUCCCGAUGCCCUUGCCGGUAAAAUCGCAAUAGGUGAACGUGGCGAUUGCACGUUCGUAGACAAGUCACGCCGUGCAGAGAAAGCCGGAGCCAAAGCCCUUAUUAUCUGUGAUAAUGUAGUCGGUUCGUCAAGUGAUAAGCAACCAAUGUUCGCAAUGUCAGGCGACGGAGAAAACAACGUAACGAUACCGAUCGUGUUUAUGUUCUCAACAGAAUGUGAGACAUUGUACAAAGGCUUGGGGAAACUCAAGCAGGAGAAGCCCGUAGUUCGUAUUAUGCAAAUGCUUGAGUUCAGGAAACGAAUGGAGUCUUCGUCGUUGAGAUCGUCAGCUGAGUCAACUAAAAUCGAUGGAAUAUAGUAGCUACGACUAUUGCCAUUAAUGUAAUUACUGUUCGUUUACAAUCCAAUGGAAAUAUUCUGUUUCUUUGUUCUCUAUCCAAAAAGAAACUAUGACAAAAUUAUAAAGCAAAUAUUUAUAGUGAAAAAUGAAAGAAUGUAGCGUAAAAUAUUUGUAACAAAUUAUCUAUUUUUAGGAAAAUCGAAAAAUGAGUUUGUAAAUAUGUAUUUACUCUUCUGUUUCCCGUUUUCAAUUUUUCUUUGAUUUUUUAACGAACUAAAGUAAAUAAAAUGAAAUUAUCAUUACAGAAUACAAUAAAAGAAAUAAAUAUUAAAUUUAGACUUGUAUUUAAUGUGCUAUUACGUUGUAGACUAGACGGAAUACAAUUUGGAGUGUCGAGUGUAAACUACAUCCAAUGUUAAUAUAAUUGAUACUGGAAAAUAUCGAUUUAGGCUAUAAGAAUUUUUUAAUAGAAAAUGUGAAGCAAA